AGCACAGACGCAGCACAGCUAUAACCCUCCAGAGAUCGCAGAGUACAACAGCUUCCAGUUCUGGAGGAACCCUCUGCCCUGCUUCGACACUGACCUGCUGGAACUAGUGGACAUUCAGGACCUGUCAAUAUCAGACGGAGCAGCGGACACCGUCCACACAGAACCUGGGACUGGGACCGGGUCAGAGGAGCACGGCAGUGGGUCAGAGGAGGAGGAGGAGGAAGAUGAAGAGGAGGAGGAGGAUGGCGGCGGUUGGAUCACCCCUAGCAACAUUAAACAGGUUCAGAUGGAGACGGGGAUCUGGGCGUCGCCCGCGGACGUUAAAGUGGCGUGUCUCACCACCGACUUCGCUAUGCAGAACGUCCUGAUUCAGAUCGGGCUCCAUGUCCUCUCUGUGAACGGGAUGCUCAUCAAGCAGGCCAGGAAUUACAUCCUGCGAUGUCACGCCUGUUUCAAGACCACCACCAACAUGAAUAAGGUUUUCUGUCCACACUGUGGCAACAGAACGUUGAAGAAGGUGGCCGUGACGGUCAGCGAGGACGGAAGCAUCCAGAUGCAUCUCUCAAAGAACCCCAAAGUGCUCAACCCCAAAGGGAAGAGGUACUCCCUGCCCCUGCCACAAGGGGGCAAACACGGCAGCAACCCCCACCUGGUGGAGGACCAGCGUUUCCCCCAGCAGCGUGUGUCCCGUAAGGCCCGCCAGAAGACGGACGUCUUAAACCCAGACUACCUGGCCGGGGGCGGCUCACCUUUCUCUGAUCACGACAUCUACAGCCGCUCUGCCAACCUGCACAUCACAGACGGAGCUGGCGGAGGGGGGCGGAGGAGGGCCAACCCCAACGCUGCCCGCAAGAAGAAAUGUUGAAGAAGCCAUCUUGAAGAAGCGGAAGCCAUCUUGAAGAAUCGGAAGCCAUCUUAAAGAAUCGGAAACCAUCUUCUACACAAGUUCCACUAAACAGAAUUCCCAGCAACUGAACAGUGAAGAUAGCUGGAUUUAAUACUGAUGUUUUUGUAUAAAAUUACAAUUUUUUAAAAAGGUUAAACUUAAUGAAUUCCAUGUUUGAAUAAUGUUAUUCGGUAACUACCAAGUUUGUAAAAGCCUGAAGGUAUUUGCACUUUCUAGGCUUGUGUAUGAAACCUGCUCUGACAUUUUUUGAUGCCCCUAAUUAAAACACAGUUUGAAGACA